CUGGCGCUGGCGGCGCUGCUGCUGCUGGUGCGGCUGCGGCCGGAGAGUCAGCUGGCGCUGCACCGCCGGCUCGCGGUCAGCUUCCCCUGCGCGCCGCUGCUGGGGCACGCCUACAAGUUCAUCGGCACUCACGAAGACCGCAUGUCGCUGUUCGCCGAGCUGGGGCGGCAGGCGCACGCCAGCCCGCACGGCGCCGUCAGCUUCUGGUUCGCGCACUACCUGUGUGUGGCGAUAUCGGACCCGGUGUCGGCGAGCGUGGUGCUGAGAAGCAGUUUCGACAAAUGGCCCAUCACCCACUUCAUGCGCCACCUGCUGGGGAACGGGGCGGUGUUCGGGGACGAAGAGAUAUGGCGUCUCCGGCGAAAGAUUCUCAACCCGAUAUUCAGCUCCAAAUAUCACGACAACUACGUGCAAGUGUUCGAGCGAAACAAUAAGAUAUUUAUGCAAGAGCUGGCGCGCGCCGCGGGCAAGGGGGACUUCUCCAUGUGGGGAUACUUCAGCUCAUACGCUAUGGAUUCCGCUUUUGACAUGAGUUUCGGUGAGAACCUGAACGCCCAACGUCACCCCAACCACCCGUUCGCCGUGGCCUUCCUGGACUACUUCGAGGAGUGCGGCGUGAGGAUCUGCCAGCCCUGGCUGUUCAGCGCGGCGGUGUACGACCUGCUGCCCGCCGGCGCGCGCCAGGAGCGGCGCCGCCGGCUCAUGUGGGACGUGGUGGAAAACUUAAUACAUAAAAAGAAACAGGAAUCUAAAAAACGAAAUGAGCAAAAUGUGGUACACGUUAAUACCAACAUCCGCUCUGGUGAAUUUAAAUCGUUUUUGGAUCUGUUGAUUGAAUAUUCCGGCGGAGAUGCCGGGUACACGGACACGGAGCUGCGCGAAGAGCUGCUGAUGAUCAUCCUGGGCGCCACCGACACCUCCGCCACCAGCGCCUGCUUCGCCGCCGUGCUGCUGGCCAACCACCCGCCAGUGCAAGACAAAGUUUACGAAGAAAUUCAGAACAUGUUGGGUGGUUCAGAGCGGCCGGUCUCGCUCGCUGACUUAGCGAGUCUGAAGUACCUGGACGCGGUGGUGCGGGAAGCGAUGCGGCUGUACCCGCCCGUGCCGGUGUUCCUGAGGCGGUGCACUAAGGCUGUGGACUUGCCUUCAGACAUAACCCUGCCGGAAGGCUGUGAGGUGAUGCUCAACAUCUGGGGCAUCCACCGCAACCCGCGCCACUGGGGCGCCGACGCGGACGAGUUCCGUCCGGAGCGCUUCCUGAGCGCUGAUGCGCACCAGCUCGCUGCCUUCAUGCCCUUCGGACACGGACCACGCAGCUGUACUGGCAUGCGCCUAGCGCUAGCGUCGCUGAAGCUAUCACUGGCGGAGAUAACGCGUCGCUACCGCCUCUUGCCCGCCGCCGGCUACCGGUACAGCGCCGCGGAGCCGCUGCGAGUCAGCUUCGAGCUGCUGUUGAAGCACGUACACGACUUCAAGGUGCAGCUGGAACACAGGGCUUAGAAUAAUAAACAGAGAUCCAGAGUACUGCAAAUAGUUUACCUGCGCCGGGUCCGGCUGGGUGCCAACGUUUUAUAACGCAUCGUUUCCACCUUGAAAGUAUGUGAUCGGAUGAGUACUUAAAGAUACUUACGUGUGUAGAAAUUAAUACAUAAAAUAUCUUUGUUAAGUGAUUUUUGUUAGUUAGUUUAGUUAAACUUUAGGUGAAAGCUUGCUACUCAAGUUUGAAACAGUCAUCCCUAUGGAACAGAAAUUAAUUAUUUUUUUAAUUAUAUUGUAUAACUA